AAAUCAAGAUGGAGGAAGACAGACAACCAAAGUUAGCUCUUUCCAAAAACCUCAAGGAAAUGAAGUUUAUGCAGAGAAGAGCAGAGUCUGACUACCGUAAACAGCUUGAGGAAGAAAGAAGACGAAAAAUUGACGAGGCUCAUUGGGUCCUAAACACAAAAACUGGAGAAAGUGAAAGAGUGGAAAUAGAACCAAGUUAUGUGAAGUGUGAACAACUGUACAGCAAUGGCAGAAUGUCUUUCAAGAAUUUUAACCCAACAGUUGAGAAAACCUUCAAACAGAUGAAAGCAGAGGAUGAAGAAAUUUUAUCAGAAGAAAGGGAGAGAGAAGCAACUGUAUCUGAUGAAGAGAUGGCUAGAAGAUAUGAUACUCUGGUUGGCACAAUAGGCAAGAAAUAUUCAAAUAAAAGAGACAGAUCAACAGUUAUCGUAGAUGAUGAUAACGAUGAUGAUGAGGAUAGAGACAUAUCUCAUUCUACUAGUAAGAAAAAAUUCAAAGGGGGUUUUAUGAAGCCUCAAGACUAGUAUGAGUAUUUUUAAAAAUAAUUCAAAAAUUAUCUUUAAAUUCUUAUUUUCGUUGUUCAGAGGCUUGGGGCCGGUCGAACUAGAAUUGAAAGAAAUUGUUUUAAUUCUAAAGUCUGACAUGUCCAUGUAUGUACAUGUAUAAGCUUGUGAAUCACCAUAGCCAUUGAAAGCACUUGAAAGUGCAUCCAAUUUGACAUUUAGUAGAAAUUUUUCAAAGGAACAAACAAGUACCUCGGAGGCAGAUCACCCUGUCACAAAUAUUGAAACAGUUUUUUAUGCAAUUAAAACUAGUAACUAGUGCAAUUGCAACUUUACCAGAAAAUUUUGGUGUUGGAUAGUUUUAUGUCAAAUCAAAGACAAUUGAAAAAAUCGCCAUAAAUUAUUAACAGAUUGCGUCAAGUAAACCUGUGCAGGGUAAAAAUAAAAAGUGAAAAAUUUUUAGUGCUAAAUGGUGCAAAGUAACUAAUAAAAUUGUACAAGUUAGUGCAAAGGUUUGUAGGUCUACGGCGUACUGAACUUACUAAAUUGCGCAAUUUCUUACAAAGUUUUUCAGGGGUUCAGUAUAUGUUAUGUACUCUAUUUAAACUGUGCUAUUCAGCACUGGGAUCCAGAGGUUAUUUAUUCUCACUCCAGUAUUUGCUGGUAAAGGGAAGUUCAUGCAAGGAGAAAUUUAAAGCACCUUUCACUUGUGCCUUUCACAGUUGCUCGUUACCUUGCUACGACCAAAGGAAGUGAAAUAGAACCUCUGGAGUCCAGGGUAUGAUUCUCUAAUGUGUAGUUCCAGAAAUUAUCCAUACCCACCCCACAGAGGAAUUUGGAGUUCUCGAAGGGUGGAAGGGUCAGAGAAAGAACAAAAAUUACAGAGUUUGUAUGGAAGAAAAUUGGAAUUUCCGGGAGGUAGGG